GUGCUCCUUGGAGAUGUUGGAGCUGGAAAGUCUAGUUUGGUGUUGCGUUUUGUGAAGGGGCAGUUCAUUGAGUUUCAGGAAUCAACUAUCGGAGCUGCAUUUUUUUCCCAAACAGUUGCUGUGAAUGAUGCAACUGUAAAAUUCGAGAUAUGGGAUACAGCUGGUCAGGAGAGGUACCACAGCUUAGCUCCAAUGUACUACCGGGGAGCUGCUGCAGCCAUUAUUGUUUAUGAUAUCACAAACCGAGAAGCACAAGCUUAUGCCCAGGAGAAUGGUCUUUUCUUCAUGGAAACUUCUGCAAAGACAGCAACAAAUGUCAACGACGUAUUUUAUGAGAUAGCCAAGAGAUUGCCUCGAUUACAGCAGGCACCAAAUCCAUCAGGUAUGGUCCUUGUGGAUCGACCAGCCGAAAAGAUAGCCAGUGCUUCAUGUUGUGCUUAA